UGUGCCGUCAGUCCGCUCUGCUGAGCCCGCAUGUGGACAGUUAUCACUCUACUCUCGGACACACCACUUGGAUAUAAGAAAAAUGGAGAAUAGAAAUUGCCCCUGUUUUUGGAUACGAUGUCAACGUCAUAGACCUACUAAGGUUUGGAGAUCAUGAAAACAUUAAGUGUGCCACGAGCGCGUAUUUUGCUCUGAAGGAUACAACAACAGAAGCUGUUGAUUGUCUUUUCUCUCAUUUCGGGUUGAUAACACAUUAGACUGUUCUCCGUAGAGGCGUCAUUCCGUGUCCCCUCUGCGCCUAAGCGACCCGCUCGUGCGCCUGGAACGCUUAUGUCUUCAUCUGAACCCUUGCAGUUGGAGAUGGUGGCUCUCUCUAGGAUUUCCACAGUGGAAACGUAGCAUCUUAUUCGUUUUCGACUGAGUGCCCUGGGAGAGCGCGGCAGCACUUUUGGCUAUUCUCUUCAGCGCGUACCUGUAGAGAGACGCGUGGUUGGGCGCACUGUACGGAGUCCAAAAGAAGCAUUCUUCAAGCGUCAAUUCGCUCUGAGCGUUCUUACUUUUCCUCGGACGUUGUUCAUGAAUUUAUUCUUGGAUGAACAUCUCGCAUCCUGGUUGUUUACGUGGAGAUAGACAGUACGUACAACCUUUGGAUACAACUGUCUCUAAAUUACAUUGGAACAUUAAUGCAUCGCCGUGUGUGGAUUUUGAAAGUGAUAUCUAUUACGGGUCUACAUGGGCCAGAUUUAAGAUUCCUCCAUAGGAACUGAGUCUAAGAUGAAGUUAUGGGAUGUUAUGGCCACGUGUUUGUUGCUCCUGAGCUCUGUCUCCACACGCCCCCUGUACCAGAACCUUCCCUCCGCCCAGAGAGCUCACCCCAGGGACCACUACACUGAAUCUCUGUCCAUGUCGGUGGAGGAACCAGAGACUGAGUCCCUCAGUCUGCAGGAGAUCUCCAUGGAGGAGCAAUAUGACAUCACAGGACCAUACCCGGAGCAGUUUGAUGAUGUCAUGGAUUUUAUCGAGGCAACCAUCGGCCGGCUGCGAAGGUCCUCCGAGCCCGACGGUGGCGCUAGAGGCAGAGGAGGGCAGACGAGGCAGAGAGGGGCGACAAACAUGGACUCGGACGGGGGAGGAGGCAGAGGGCGCAGGGAGAGGAAGAAGGGGCGGGGGCGCAAGGGGAAAGGGCGCGCUGAGAAGGAGAGGGAGAAGGAGAGGGAGAAGGAGAGGGAGAAGGAGAGGGCGGUUCAGAGCAGGGGCUGCCUGCUGAAGGAGGUCCACUUGAACGUGACAGACCUGGGGCUGGGCUACCAGACCAGGGAGGAGCUGAUCUUCAGGUACUGCAGCGGGCCUUGCUCCGACGCCGAGACCAACUAUGACAAGAUCCUCAACAACCUCACCCACAACAGGAAGCUGGACAGGGACACGCCCGCCCGCACCUGCUGCCGACCAAUCGCUUUCGACGAUGACCUCUCCUUCCUGGAUGACAAUGUGGUGUAUCACACCCUGAAGAAGCAUUCCGCCAGGAGGUGUGGCUGUGUCUGAGAGCAGAUGAUUGGCUUCUGCGAGCGUCGUGUGUCGGGUGGCAGUGACGUCAAGGUGCCCGAGAAGGCUGGGACAAAGACAGACAAGGGUGGAACCAGGGCGAACCUGGACUCCACUCUCCCACCUCCAGGACAGGGGCUGCUGCCGAACAGUCCCCCAGCGAGGGCCCUUGUGGUGGGGCCGACUCAGAGCCCGGAAGGCCCUGGUCCUGGUGGACGGGUGCCUCUCUGCUAUGGAAGGGCUGGCUUUGACUGACAUUCAUCACAUACAGGAUGAAACAGUUACAGAUCUAUCAAAGGGGAAAUGACGUAUUCUCACACAAGUCAUUAUUUACUUCCCUGAAACUCCAGACCAAUACGGGACCGGUCCAUCAAACAACUGAUUCUGACACGCAGAGACUCUGCGUGUGUGUGUUUGGAUCACAUAGAUACUCACGGUUAAGCUUUCAGUGAGCGUGCGGCUACACCUACAACCAUGUCUCCUCCUGAGCUCCUGAGAGACCAGACUGAACCGAGAGACACUGGUCUGCUUCACCCUGAAACACAUAUCAGGGUUUUUUUCCCCCCGGGAACAUCGGUUUUCCGCCGGGAGUGUUCCCAGCUGCGGAACCGGAGUGCUCCGGUUCCACGACAGGAACCCGAGCGUAACGUUUACAUUCAGAACCAAGGAGGACGAAACGAGCACAGAGAACUCUCCACCUGUGGUCUUGUCCUGCUAGAGACACUCCCCAGUGCAUCGCAUAAACAAUGUACAAUCCCAACCAUUUAGAAAUAUAUAUAUAUAAAUGAGAAAUGUAUUUAUUAAGAUUGAAUUAACUUAUUGUUAUUUAUUGCAGUCCAUUUUUAACCAAGACAUGUUUUUGUUCUUCUUAUUUAUUGAAGCUUUGUUUUGUCCUGAACCGUGCCAAAACAGAGCAUGUGUUUUAAAGGGAAGUCAGUUUGUGGUGAAACAACCAGAAUGAAGGUGCCAGGCAUAACUAAUCAAUCUGAAUCAAAGUGCAGCCAUAACUAAUCAAAUUCAUCCCUUCAUGUCCUACGCUGUCGUGUCAUCCUCUCUGAGGUCCGAGUCCACGGCUCAUUUCAAAACAAAGGAUUUUUUUUUAAAGAAGGAAGGUUCAGGGAGGGCAGAGAGAGAGACAGAGAGACAGAGAGAAAGAAAGAGAGAGAGAGAGAGGGGGGACAGAGAGACAGAGGAGUGGACCAACGUAACCUUUUAAACUAGAAAAAUCUUAUCUUUGCUUUAAAUCAUCGUGAAGGAUGUCAGGUUGGAGUGUCUUUGACGGAGCACCUCGUUGUAACUAAUAGAAACCAGAAAGGA